AUGGGCUUCAUUUUCUUCCCGCUUGUGCUCUGCCUCCUGGUUGUCCAACUGGUGAGGCUGCAGUUUCAAAGAAGGCGCUAUCCACCAGGGCCGACACCUCUGCCUUUCGUCGGAUCCUUAUGGCACCCCAAAUUUCUUCGACUAAACCGGGAACACUUGACUGAGAUCUCAAAGAUCUACGGGAAUAUCUUCACCUUGUGGUUUGGGCCGUACCCUGUGAUUAUAUUACAAGGUUUCCAAGCGGUGAAGGAGGGUCUCACCGCCCACCCUGAAGACUUGGCUGGCCGGCCUUUGCUCCCCUUAUUUAAAGCAGUGGCAAAUAAUAAAGGGAUUCUGCUUGCCACGGGUCGGACCUGGAAGCACCAAAGGCGAUUUUCAAUGGCGACUCUGAAGUCCUUGGGCAUGGGGAAGAGCACUCUGCAGUAUCAGAUCCAAGAGGAAGCAGAGAAUUUGGUGGAAGAGUUCAGGAAAAGUGAAGUGUCUGCAAGGGAAGGCAAAGUGUCAAAAAAGAUCAAGAUGGUGGCUCACACCAUCAAAGCCCUCGACAAGGAAGGCAAUUUCACCUGUCGAGAAGAGUUUAUCCCAUUUUCUCUAGGUGCUCGUUCAACAAAAAACCAACCCAAAUCGCCCUAUAACGAAAAGAACCUGGUUCAGAACAUUUUUGAUCUCUUCAUGGGGGGAACAGAGACAUCGGGCACCACUUUUAACUGGGCACUGUUGUAUAUGGUGCUUUAUCCUGACAUUCAAGCCAAAGUUCAAAAGGAAAUUGAUACCCUUCUACCACCGGGCCAGUCGAUCUGUUACGAGGAUUGCAAGAAACUUCCAUACACAAAUGCAGUGGUGCACAAAAUCCAGCGCUUUAGCAACAUCAUCGCGAUCGGAGUGCCCAGAUACUGCAUAAGAGAUACGAUGAUCCAGAAGUUUCUCUUUAGAAAGGGCUCCAUCUUUUUCCCAAACAUGGCUUCUCCCUUGUAUGAUGCCAACGAGUGGGAGACACCCCUCGCCUUCAACCCGAACCAUUUCCUCGACAAGGAAGGCAAUUUCACCUGUCGAGAAGCGUUCAUCCCAUUUUCUCUAGGUCAUCGAGCAUGUUUGGGAGAAAAUUUGGCAAAAACAGAGAUCUUCCUUUUCUUUACCAACCUUGUUCAAAUGUUCAAUUUCCACUUGGCUGACAGAUCAAAAGAUAUAAAGUUUGACGCGAUCUGGGGAGGCACUCUGCAUCCGCAUUUCUUUGAGAUCUCUGCAAUUCCUUGCUAG